CUACACAAACAAACAAACGAAGAGAGAGGGAGGGGAAAGAAAAAGCAAACCCACCAGUCAGUCGCCGAUCCUUUUCCUUCCUUCUCAUCGCUUAGUUUGUUUGCAAAAUCCUUCCUCGUGCAUCAUCUAUUUACAUUGCCGCGUUUUCUUCUCCCUCCUUCUUCUUCAUAUUCUUCAUUUGGAUUGAUCGUGCGAGGUUGUGGUGUGGCGGGAGUUUUGGUUACGAAGCUCGCAGCUGAGGGUGGAGUGGAAUCUUUCUCUUCAGCGGGAGCUUCAUCCUCGACGAACGCAGGAUGCCCGAGGUAGCUUUCGAGUCCAUGGAGGGAUCGGAACAGCUUCAGUCUGGGAAGGUGUCUGAACAGCUGAGCAUCGCCAUGCCGGAGUGGCUUUCCCAGCAGUGGGAAACCCUUAAGCACGACCAGGCUGCUCUUUACACCACCAUUGCCGUGCUCUUCGUAACACUGUUGACUCUUUUUAUUGUUACUCGGGUCACAUUCAAGCGGAAGAAGUCCAAAACUGUCCUAUUGGUAGGGUUGAACGGCGCUGGAAAGACUGCGCUCUUUUAUCAGUUAAGGGAUGGCACAACUCAUCAAGGGGCGGUCACGUCAAUGGAACCUAACGCUGAUACCUUCAUAUUACAUUCCGAGACAUCAAAGAAAGGAAAAGUAAAGCCUGUCCAUGUUGUGGAUGUUCCGGGACAUCCCAAGUUGAGACCUCAACUGGAGGAGCUCUUGCCAAAGUCUUGUUGCCUUGUCUUUGUGGUGGAUGCCCUUGAUUUCAUGCCUCAUGUUCGAGCGGCUGCAGAGUAUCUGUACGAGUUGCUCACGAAUAAAGAAGUGGUGAAGAGAAGGAUUCCCAUACUGCUGACAUGCAACAAAAUGGACAAAAUAACCGCUCAUUCUUCUAACUUUAUCAAGGGGCAGCUAGAGAAAGAACUAAACAAGCUCCGAAAAUCAAGGACCUCAGUGUCAGCUGCCGAUGUUUCUAGUGAAAUUUCUCUGGGAGUGCAGGGAGAAGUAUUUAAUUUUACCCAAUGUAGCAACAAAAUCACAAUCGCUGAAGUCUCAGCUCUUACUGGGAAGGUGGAGCAGGUGGAGCAAUUUAUCCGGGAAUACGUUUAAACACUACUAGUUUUCAUUCCAGGGAUGGGAAUGUUGAUGUCGAAAAAUCUCUGGAUGUAAAUCUUGAUGAGUACAAGAUGCACACCAUUCACAAAUUGGUGUUAGAGGAUCAGUCUUUGACUAAAGACUGGCUGCAGGUGUAAAUUUGUGGUGUUAGUUGAGAAUAGGUGCCAUGUUCUUGUAAAUCUCAUUUUCGUGCUUGAUAGGUUGCAUGCGUAGGUGUGGACUCAAUAAGUUGUUAACCUAGUAGGCAUGACUUUUGUGACUUAAUUUUUUUUCCAAAUAAGACUUUUCUAACCAAUUCGUUGUAGGAAAAA